GUCGGUCGUACAGUCCACGACUGUCUAUCGAUUAAGGCAGACGAUAGGACGGUGACUUUUUUAUUAAUUAAAUCGAAAAAUAUAAAUUGUCGAACAUAGUUUAUAUUUAGAAGGUGAUUUUUUGGUUGUUUUUUUUUUUCCUAUCGUGAUUUUUCUGUGACCGACUGUACUGCAAGUGCUGCACUGACGUGCAAGUUAAGUGUAUCGAAAAUUCGGAAUAUAUUCGUGGGAAGUGUACAUUUGUGAAACAUAAAAAAACAAUGUUACCACCAAGAUUGCUUCGGUGGACAAUCACCGUUGUGCUGAUCGUUGCCGUCAUUGCACCCACAUCACAUUCUACAUCUGUCCGCAGAAGAUUACGGAAACCCACCAAAGUGUCUACAUCAGUGACAUCCAGCGUAUCCAGAUCAACGGAUCAGGUCAUAUCUGCCAGCGUCAACAGACCGAAGAUUCGUGGCCGGCCCACUAUUGCAAGCAGGAAGUCAUCAGCUGCCAUCGAUAACUCAGUUGCUACUGAUGAUCACCGGGAUAAAGAUGGAUAUAAGGUCGUCUGUUAUUACACGAACUGGUCCCAGUACAGAACGAAAAUCGGUAAAUUCCUACCUGAAGAUAUCCAGCCUGAUCUAUGCACUCACAUUAUUUUCGCUUUCGGCUGGCUGAAGAAGGGAAAACUCAGUUCUUUCGAGUCCAACGACGAAACAAAAGACGGCAAAACUGGACUGUACGACAGGAUCAACCAAUUGAAAAAGGCUAAUCCUAAAUUGAAAACGUUGUUAGCUAUUGGUGGCUGGUCAUUCGGUACCCAGAAAUUCAAGGAGAUGUCAGCUUCGCGGUACGCCCGACAGACGUUCAUCUACUCUGCAAUUCCUUACCUUCGCGAUAGGAACUUCGACGGUUUGGACGUGGAUUGGGAGUACCCGAAGGGCGGUGAUGAUAAGAAGAAUUACGUGCUGUUACUUAAAGAACUCCGCGAAGCGUUUGAGGCCGAAGCACAAGAAGUGAAGAAACCCCGUCUGCUGCUCACAGCUGCUGUGCCAGUUGGUCCUGAUAACAUAAAGAGCGGUUACGACGUACCCGCUGUCGCUAGCUAUUUGGACUUCAUCAACCUCAUGGCAUACGAUUUCCAUGGCAAAUGGGAGAGGGAGACUGGCCACAACGCACCUCUGUACGCACCUUCUUCAGAUUCUGAAUGGCGGAAACAGUUGUCCGUCGACCAUGCUGCUCAUUUGUGGGUGAAACUCGGAGCUCCUAAGGAGAAACUUAUCAUUGGUAUGCCUACAUACGGCCGUACUUUCACCCUGUCUAAUACCAACAACUUCAAAGUGAAUUCCCCGGCCAGCGGGGGCGGCAAGGCGGGCGAAUACACAAAGGAGGGUGGCUUCCUAGCUUAUUACGAGGUUUGCGAAAUACUACGCAACGGUGGUACUUAUGUGUGGGACGAUGAGAUGAAAGUGCCGUAUGCUAUCCACGGUGAUCAGUGGGUUGGUUUCGAUGAUGAGAAAUCUAUUAGGAACAAGAUGAGGUGGAUCAAGGACAAUGGGUUUGGUGGUGCUAUGGUGUGGACGGUGGACAUGGACGACUUCAGUGGCAGUGUUUGUGGAGGUGACGUCAAGUACCCACUCAUCGGAGCUAUAAGGGAGGAACUCCGCGGCAUCUCGCGCGGUAAAGACGCAAAGGACGUUGACUGGUCCGAAGUGGCCUCCAGCGCUGUCAUCGAAGUCACCGAGAAGCCCCAACCGAUCAAGAUUAGCCUCUCCGACGUGCUCAGCAAAGUCAAGAAGCCGACCAAGAAUGUCAUCAUCAGGAACAACAAUGCCGCUGCUGUCCUUGACAAGAACAAGCGGGAACCGCAAGUGCUUUGCUACCUGACUUCGUGGUCUUCGAAGAGGCCCAGCGCCGGUCGGUUCACACCAGAAAAUGUGGAUCCCACUCUUUGUACUCACGUUAUUUAUGCGUUCGCGACACUUAAAGAUCACAAACUAGCCGAGAACGAUGAAAAAGAUGCCGAUAUGUACGACAAAGUUGUGGCUCUGAGGGAAAAGAAUCCUAAUUUGAAGAUACUCCUAGCCAUCGGCGGUUGGGCUUUCGGCUCCACACCCUUCAAGGAACUCACGUCCAACGUGUUCAGGAUGAAUCAGUUCGUGUACGAAGCUAUCGAGUUUCUCAGGGACUACCAGUUCAAUGGUUUGGACGUUGACUGGGAGUAUCCUAGAGGCGCAGACGACCGCGCGGCCUACGUUUCGCUCCUGAAGGAAUUACGUCUCGCGUUCGAGGGUGAAGCGAAGUCAUCCGGCCAGCCAAGACUGCUACUAACUGCAGCUGUACCAGCGUCGUUCGAAGCCAUCGCCGCCGGUUACGACGUGCCCGAGAUUUCCAAAUAUUUGGACUUUAUCAACGUAAUGACUUACGACUUCCACGGGCAGUGGGAGCGCCAGGUCGGACACAACAGCCCACUGUUCCCUCUAGAAAGUGCGACCAGCUACCAGAAGAAACUUACAGUGGACUAUUCAGCCCGCGAAUGGGUCCGGCAGGGGGCGCCCAAAGAGAAGCUGAUGAUUGGUAUGCCGACAUACGGCAGGUCGUUCACGCUCAUCAACGAAACGCAAUUCGACAUCGGCGCUCCUGCUUCCGGUGGCGGUCAAGCAGGCCGCUUCACCAACGAGGCUGGCUUCAUGUCGUAUUAUGAAAUAUGCGAAUUCCUGAGGGAAGACAACACCACUCUGGUUUGGGAUAACGAGCAAAUGGUGCCGUUCGCGUACAGAGAAGACCAGUGGGUGGGUUUCGACGACGAGAGAUCGCUUAAAACAAAGAUGGCGUGGCUCAAGGAAGAAGGAUUUGGUGGGAUCAUGGUAUGGUCUAUCGACAUGGAUGACUUCAGGGGAUCAUGCGGUACAGGAAAGUAUCCCCUCAUCACCGCAAUGAAGCAAGAACUUUCCGGUUACAAAGUUAAAUUGGAAUUCGAUGGGCCUUAUGAAUCAUCAAGCUCCAGUGGACAGUACACCACAAAAGAUCCCAAUGAAGUGACGUGCGAAGAAGAAGAUGGCCAUAUCUCCUAUCACCCCGACAAGGCUGACUGCACUAUGUACUACAUGUGCGAAGGCGAGAGAAAACACCAUAUGCCUUGUCCUUCUAACCUCGUUUUCAACCCUAACGAGAAUGUUUGCGACUGGCCAGAGAAUGUGGAAGGAUGCACCCAUCAUACCCAAGCUCCUGCGGCGAGACGAUAAACUUCAUGCAUAUCAUCAUAUACCAGUUUAAUAAUUUUCUAUUCAUGUUUACUUUUAAAUACAAUAUAUGGAUUUUAUAUCAAUUUGCCUGAUGACAUUUGGAUUUUUUAACUUAAUUUACGACUGAAAUUAUGUAAAAUAAUAACUGAUGACUUUUGGUCAAGACACUGGAAUGUUGUUUAUAGAUGAUUUAAGAGCGUUCAUAUUCGAUUGUGGUAAAGUCUGAAUUUUUAAAAAGAAGUAACAAAUUUCAAUAUUUAUGAAUAAUUAUUUAAAAAAUGAUCUGAUAGUGAACUGAAACGUGAAUUUUAAGAUUUCUUUGAUUCUUAUUUAGCUAUCACCGAAAUUUAUUUAGAUGGUAAAAAAGUAUUAAAUUUAAAAAGCAAAAUAUAAAGUAACAACAUAAUUUAUUACGCAAUGGUACGCUAUGACUGAUGUUCAGGGUAUUUUAUAAAUAUUUUUUCUAAAAUCUUGAAAUGUUUUUACUUGCUUUUGAAAAUUUACCGAUGAUAAAGACGUUGCCAUACUUAGAUAUGAACUCUUUUAAUUCUGAUAUUCAUUAUCCAAAUAAUUUGCGUAAACCUGAAAAAAAAUUGUAUAAUACUGUUUAGUAAUUGUACACAAAAAUAAUGAUAUAUUUUGUAGAUUUAAAGUUUAGAUCAUCUAUACCUAGAUGGAGUGUGUAAUAUAAAAAAACGCUGCAAUAAUUAUCAGCCAACUGUUGGCUGAAGCGUCUUUUUUUAUAAUGAAUGCUUAAACGUUCAAACUCUUGUUAGGAUGUACGAAAGUUAGAAAGUAUAACAUUGAUUAUUAUAAAAGACAUAUAUAUAUAGAAAAUGACGAUUAGUAUAAUAAAAUUCAACAAUUUAAACACUGACACAAUUUUAAAAGUAAAUAUAAAAAAAAAACUGCUACUUUUGUCGAAAGCGUUUUAUAAGGAGACACUCUAUCUAGAUCUAAACAUUUUUUUAUACAAUUAGUUAGACACUAUUCAACUUGGAAACGAUCCACCAAUAUUUAUAUAUGUAUUAAUGGGGCAUCAUCAUAUAAAAUAGUUUAUUUAUUGGCGUUCGUUGGUUUGUCUCGAAUAGCAGACAGUGUGAUAUAAUGUAAAUUUUUUAACAUUAUUAUUGAACAAUGUAGGUGUAUAAUAUAUUAUAUUACUGAUAAAUUAUAUUUUAUGAUUACUUUAAUUAAUUUCUCCCUCCCAAACUUACACAAUAUGAUGUGUAUAAGAAUUAGUUUAAAAUCGAACAUGUCGAUACAUGAAUUAAUCAAAGAACACGAUUGUAAUAAACUCAUACUAAUAUUGUUGCUGUUAGAAAUUUAUUCAAGAUGGCGUUAAGACAAUAAAUUUUAGAGUCUAACAAAUGGCAAAAAAAUAACAAAUAUAUAUGUAUAUAAUAUAGUAUAUUAUCUUACUGAUAUAACAAAAUUUGAAAUGGACUAUGUCUGUAUAUGGAAGAUAUUUAAGAAAAAAAUAAUACGAGAGGUCUUAGUGUGUCCAGUAUAGAUCAAAACAAUAUUUUUUAAAAAUAUUGACGAACUAUAUAUGUUUGUUCCAGUAUUCCGUAUAAACUGUCGCACUAAAUUGAAUGCAGUUUUCUAAGAUGCAGUUUAAACAGUGUAACUUAAUAUCCAGUCUAUGUUUCGUCUUGACGCGCCAUCUAGAAAUACGAGUAGUUAGUUUCAUUGGUUUUAUCAUUUUUGAAAUUUAUACAUACGAAUUAGUGAGUUGAAAGGUAGUCGAAUAUAAAAUUGAGACUACAAUAAUAAUAAAUAAAGAAAAUAAUAAUCUAAAUAAUGCACUAUAAAAAUUUUAUCGUAUUGAAAUUGAAAGCAAAUUUCCAAAUGAAUAUUGUGUAUUUUUGGGAUAGGUACUUUAAAUAGAUAUAAUAUUUAGUUUGUAAGUAGUAAUAGAGCUUUUUUUUUUAUUUUAAUAUUGAAUACUCAAAUCAGCUAAAUCACUGCCUUUUCAUGCUGCCAAUUGUAUGGUCAUGUACGAAUUAAAAUAAUGUUUGCAACAACAAAACGACGAUGGAACAUUAUUCUGUAUAUUUAAGAUUGUAAAUAUUGUAUUUAGAUAACAGAGAGACGUAAGAGUAUUAUUAAAGAUUUUUUUUUAAAA